AAAUAUAUGUAAUCUAGACAUACAUGGGCAACCGUGGGACUAAGGAGACCUGUUUUUGGAAUAAGAAGCUGUACUGAAAGUCUUUUUAAAUCGGCGAAUAUCUUCAAGAUGUUGAACAUGACACACUGGACGAGUCUGACUCUGUUUGCUGCUUACGUGGUCGUCUGCUCGGGGGAAAGCCGUCAACAAUGGUGGCAAGGUGCACAGGCAGCACUGGCUAAAGCGCUGAACGUCAAACCGAACACGAACGUAGCAAAGAAUGUGAUUUUAUUCCUUGGUGACGGAAUGGACAUAGCCACGAUAACCGCUGGACGCAUUUACAAGGGACAGAAGCGAGGCAAGACUGGAGAGGAGACAGUAACUACGAUGGAGUCGUUUCCCUUUGUGGCUUUGUCCAAGACGUACAACGACAACCGCCAAGUGCCCGACUCCGCUGGAACAGCUACCGCCUACUUGUGCGGGGUCAAGGCCAACGUUGGAACUUUAGGACUCGACAGUAGCGUGCCUCGUUCUGAUUGUGCCAAACAAUUGGAGGGCUCUGGUCAUGUGACCUCUAUAUUAAAGUGGUCCAAGGAUGAAGGAAAGGCCGUUGGCAUAGUAACCACUGCACGGAUAACGCACGCCACCCCAGCCGCCUCUUACGCCCACAGUGCGGACAGGGACUGGGAAAGUCCCUGGAACCUACGAGAAGGCAAUGCCACCAAGUGCCCGGAUAUUGCAGCUCAGCUCUUCGAUAAUGUUGAUAUUGAUGUGAUGAUGGGUGGGGGGAGACGAAAUAUUCUUCUAAACACGACAGAGGACCCUGAAACAGGAAAGGUUGAUAAAAGACAGAGAACAGACGGGCGAGAUUUGGUAGAGGAAUGGAAAAACUCGAAGGCUGCUAAAAGGAAAAAUGCAACCUAUGUGUGGAAUAAAGGACAGCUUGAUGCAGUCGACCCCAAGAAGACGGACUGUCUGUUAGGACUGUUUGCAUCGUCGCAUAUGCAGUUUGAGUUAGACCGGGACAACAGCACAAACGGAGAUCCAUCCAUUGCCGAGAUGUCGAAGAAAGCGAUUGAAAUAUUAAAUAAAAACAAAAAGGGAUACUUUCUUCUUGUUGAAGGAGGGCGGAUAGAUCACGGUCACCAUAAGAACUCCGCCAUCAGAGCUUUAGAAGACUUUGUUGCGUUCGACAAUGCCAUUUCCGUUGCCGUGGAGAUGACCAAUGAAAAAGACACUCUCAUCGUGGUUACGGCCGACCAUGGCCACACGUUUAGUAUUGGAGGAAGCCAACCACGGGGAAACAACAUCCUAGGUUUUGUCGGGGACCAACCAGGGUAUUUAUUCACGCCCUAUGAUCACAUGCCGUAUACCACUCUGUCGUAUGCAAACGGCCCGGGCCAUCUACGGAGAAACUUAACUGGCAUUAAAACGGAUUCUCGAGACUAUCUUCAGUACAACUCUGUCCGGAUGAGAUACGAGACACACGGCGGCCAGGACGUCGCCAUCUUUGCCCGCGGUCCCAUGUCGCACCUGUUCCAUUCCGUGCAAGAGCAGAACUACAUCGCCCACGUCAUGGCUUACGCGUCGUGCGUGGGCAGCAACAAGAAACACUGCAGCAGCGUCAACACGCCACAGGGCGGAUCCAGCGUCAGAGUCGGGGCGGUGACAUUGGUGGUGUGCUUUCUGGCGGUUUAUAGGAAUGCCAACAUAGAUUAAUGAAUUUUGAAGAAAUAGCUUAGAAAUUAGAUUUUUUAUUUUUCAUACGAUUAUUAAAUACAGAGGGUGUAUGAGUAAUAUUAGGCAGGGCGGAGCAGGGGGGGGGGGGGGAGGGCAACAAUUGUGAAUAUUAUUGAUAGUAAAUAUUAUGGCAGAAAUGAAUUUUACUUGUAGAAUGCAGGACAUUGCAUUUCAGAACAUAUAGUGUUCAAAUUUGUACGGGGGGGAAUUAUAUAUGCAUGUAUACAGAAUAUCUAGGCUGUGAUGUUUGCUAAUGUUUAAUAAUAUUUUUGUGUCGCCUGUGUUUUAUAACUUUUUUCUUAAAGCAGCGACCUCUAGUAUAUUUUUAACAUUUAAGCAUAUAAAAUAGAUAUCGUCAUUAUGUGAUAUCAUUUGACGACUUUGAUGUACUGAUAUUGAAAUGUUGUUUUCUCGUG